AUGCCUCCCAAGAAGAAGGGCAAGGGAAAAGGAAAGGGCAAGGGCAAGGGAAGGAAGAAAGGUGGCAAGAAGAAGGGCAAGAAGGAAGAGAAGGAGCUCACGGUCAAGGACAUGUAUCUGAAAUCACAGAAGGAAGGAUCGCGCCUCAGGGAAGAGCUUGUGUGUUGUGAUAUUACUCGCCAGUACAAGAGCAUACAGGGGCAACUUGGCAUGCGCAUGCAGCAGCUGGAGGGCCAAGUCGGCCAAUUGCAACAAGAUCUAGGUGAGACACGCUUGGAACUGGCGGACAUGACCACUGAGCGGGAUCACUACCGCCAGCGGUCGGAGGAGCUCCAAGAGCAGCUGAAGACCAUCGUGAAAACGCUCGAGUCAUCGUACGAGUCCGCCAUGCUGGUAAGUGAAGUGCUGGCAGUCAGACUUAGUGUGUAG